AUGACAUCAAAAUCUUCUAAAAAAAAAAAAUCCAGUGUAUCUACUGCAAUGGUACAUCCUAUACAAAAUCAAAAUAUAACAACCACGACAAAUGAACAACCAUGUGAUAAAUCGUCAAAUUUAUAUGAACCAUUAAAUGACAAAGAUGCUGAACAGUUAUGCUCAAGUACCAUGAAACCAAAUGAAAUUACACUAGAUAAAGAUUGUGAUAAUGGAGCUUCAACUAGUAAAAGUGGAAAUAUUAAUGGUGAAAAUGACAAAAUAAUUGGUGAUGAUAAAUCUCAUUUACCAGAGAUUGGAAAAACUAUUAAACCACAACUGGUUCCGGAAUCAACAAUUUUUACAUCAAUAUCAGAAGUAGUAACGGAUGUCAUUCCACAAAAUUUACCUAAUCCACAACACUUAGCAGAACAAGUUUUAUGGGUAAAAAUACAAAAUUAUUCUUUUGAUUAUAAGGGAGCAAAAACUUCUCAUAUUAUAAUAUUUGGCCUUGCUAGAGGAUACCAGAUAUGGUUAGUUAUGGAUAAUGGUAAUAUUGAAGAGGUUGUCUCUGAAAGACAAGGCCCUCUUAAGACAGGACAUUUAUUACCAUUUUAUCCUGAACCUCUACAUAAUGAAACAACUGUAAUUGAUAAAUUUAUCUCGAAAAGGCCUAUAAUGGCAUUAAUAGAGGCAUUCUCUCCAACACCAGAGUCUCAAUUCUGUCAAUUAUCAUUUCUUUCUUUUGUUACAGCAACAGUAGUAACAAAAAUUGACUUUCAUGAACCUAUUGCUGAUAUUCAAUCAUCAAAUCAAUGUCUUUUAGUUUUAUUUGCUAAUAAAAUUAUUAUUCUUGAUCAAUUAACAUAUACAAUUCACCAUGAAAUUAAUAAUAUUUCAUUAGGAUCUAUAUCAACAAGUAACUCUAAUGAUCUAGGUAGUUCAUUACCAGCUGUUGCUUUAUCAGGAUCUUUCAUGGCAUAUGUAGAUAAAGUUUUUAAUAAAAAUCUACAAUCAUGUGGUGGUGCUGUUAUUGAGGAAGAUAGUACAAGUUAUACAAGUCAAGUAUUUAAUGUUGCCAAAACUAUUACCAAGUCAGUUGGCCUUUUUUCAUCAACACCUAAAAGUCAGGUUUCAUCUAUUAAUAAUAGAAAUACAAUAUCAACAUCAACAAAUGAUUGUGGUAUUGUAACUGUUAUUGAUAUUCAAAAAAUGUCAUUAACAAAAGGAAAAGUUAUGCAAGAUCCUAAUGAAUAUACAAUAGCACAUUUUAUUGCCCAUGAUUCACCUAUUGGAUUUUUGGCUUUUGCUCCACAAUCAAAUAUUUUACUUACAGCUCCACAAACAACUACAUUAUUACAUUUAUUUAAUAUUAAUGUUCAUUCAGGAUGUAGUUCAUUGACAACAAUUAAUCAUCUUUAUACACUUCAUCGUGGAACAUCAUCUGCCCGUGUCAUUGAUGCUUCCUUUUCAGAUGAUUGUAGAUGGUUAUUAGUAACAACAAAUCAUGGAACAUCUCAUCUUUUUGCCAUUAAUCCAUAUGGUGGACCAGUAACAACAAGAACUCAUGGUGGUAAAUUUGUAAAUAAAGAUGGUAAAUUUGAACGAUCAGCUGGUAUUGGAACAGAAAAAGUUAGUAGUAAAGGAAGAAAUGAAAAAACAAAUAUAAAUUCUUUUUUCAAAGAACAUCCAUCAGUAUUAUUUUAUCAAUCCCUAUCAAAAUCUGUUGUUAAUCCACGUGUUCAAUAUGCUACUAAACCAUUAAAUUUAUCAGCAGUUUGUAAAAUUAAACCAAGAUUAUUUUCAACGGAAAAUUUUAGUGCCUGGGCUUCAGAUAAUACUUUUAUUGAUUUAACAUCAAUGAGUAAAUCUUCUAAAAAUGUUAAUGAAGGGUAUACAAGAAAAUUUGAAAGUGGUAGAAAAAUAGCAACUAAAUUUGUCUCCUCUUUUUCACAUGAUUCUUUUGAUGGUUUCAGUGAUAAAAAUCCUGUUCAAUCUUUAAAACAAUCUAUAUUAAUUGUUAAUAAUCAGGGUAUAUUAACUGAGUAUACAAUUAAUUUAAAGAAAGAACGUCAUAAUAGUAAUACUUCUAUUACUUCAACAACUUUCGCUGAUAUUUUUUCAUCAUCUCCAAGUAGUGGAAGUCUUGGUAGUCAUAAUAAUAAUAUAACAACUCAGGGAGGAAAUUCUUCUCCAACACAAUCUACUUCCACAUCAAUUGAUCCAAAGAUGAAUGUUAUAACUAUUCCUAAAUAUCAAUGGGUUUUACAACGAACUAAAUCUUGUGUUGAUAUAAGAUUACCAAUAAAAGAAAAUAAUCCUAUUUUAGCAAUGGUAAAUGAUGCAAAGACAUCUGAAUCAUUUACUCCAAGAUCUAUUUCUCCAACAAUUGUCCAAAAUAAUUGGGUUAAAAAUAUUGAGGCAUCAACUUAUAGUGGACCUCAUAGAAGAAUAUGGAUGGGACCACAAAUAACAUUUGCUCAAUAUGUUAAUAGUGAGCAUCUUUCAGCAGAUUUGAUAACUCCAUCAUAUGAUUCAAAUAAUUUUCAUGGAACUGGAAGUAGUAGAUAUAUACCAAUAGUUUAUGAUUCAAAUAAAUCAUCUUUGACAUUACAAAAUUCAGCUUUUCAUGAUAAUAAUUAUGUAAAUCCUUAUGAAUCUUCACAAAUAAUAUGUUCAAGUAGUUGGGGCCAAAAUAAAGAAAUUAAUUUGUUUGAUAAUAAAGAUGAAACAAGUAAUAAUAUAAAGAAAGGAAUUGAGGAAGCUAUGAAAGAGAUGUCUAGUAUUUCAAUGGAUGAUUUUGAUAGAACAGAUUCUAUUAGACUUCCUAGUAGUAUUUCAACUUCUAGUUCAGGGGGACGUAGUUAUUCAGAUAGUAAUCAGGACUUAAUGCAACUUAGUGGUAUGGAUCUUUGA